AUGGACGUUUCGAGCAUGUUGUCCAACGGGGCCCAGAACGCUGCUAGCGUGGCCGAUGCAAAGAGACAGAACCACCAGUAUCCGACACGUCAUGGCAGUAUGGGACAAGAGGAGACGCCUGAUAACAAGCCAUACAUGGGCAAUGCUCAACGCGCCUUGCGAGGCAGCAAUGGUGCUGCUGCGACAUCUGGAUAUGCUCGAGGGUCGCCCGCCAAGAAAGAUCAGAGACAUGUUGUCUUCCAGCUUAUAGAUCCCAAGGACCCGCGCAUACAGGCUCGGCUACCAAUGCGGGUCAUGAUCUCGCCAAACGAUACGACAGAGUCCAUCAUCACUACCGUCAAGAACUUCUAUGGCUUGUAUGAGUAUGGCGUCAGUUUCGAAACCAGAGACGGCUUCAGCAUCAUCGCAUCAUUCGACAACUUCGAGAACGACAUGGUCGUCUACGUCAGGACCGUGGCACCACCUACUGCCUCCUUCGAAGAGCGGAUCAGAGACUCCGUGUCGCCAAAGAAGCAUGCCCUCGGCGCACCGUUCGAAAUGCGACCGUCAUCUCACAGCGCCAACCACUCACCGUCGAGGUCAGCCAUUCGAUCUGCAGGAGUUCGUAGCAUGUCUCCUCAGUCCGAGACUGGUCGUCGUAGUGCGUCUGCUGCGCCGGGUGGUAGACCCCGAUCGCAGAGAACCACAAGCAAGGACGUAACCAUGAUGAACGGCGAUGGCUAUAGCAGCGGCGACAACGCUUCAGUGACUAGUUCUCGCCGAUCCAAGGCCGAGGAGAUCAAGGCAGAGAUCACGGUUGACAACAUUGUAGAAGGUGGUCGAAGAAAGAGGGCAUUUGAGAGUUCUGAACUGCCACUGUUCGUUCCACCUCAGGUGCCAAUGAGUGCGUCGAUAUCGUCGAUCUCUCCUCAGCGCCGCAGUGGACCUGCUGGCUCGCCCUAUGCGUUAUCCAACCAGCAGACCUUCUCAUACUCGCAGGCACUCCCUUCGCCGCAGAGCUACGGUCAUGGCAGUGGCUACAUGCAGCCUCCAUUCCCAUCCAACCCUUACCAAAGUGGCUUCCCACAUCCUAACAGGCCAGCGCGAGGCAGCCGGAUUAGCGGUGCAAGCUAUGGCUCAAACAGAAACUCCAGUGGUGGUAUCCUGCCGACACCUGAUCCAACCAUCGGCAGUGUCAUCUCCGAUGAGGAUGUCGCGCUUCAACUGAUGCGCCUUGGGGACCCGUCUGCGUUCUCUCAUGGACGUACCUCGACGUCGACUGUCGACGAUGCACUCAGCGGCAAGGCAGAUGCCGCCUCGUCUGAUGAGGAGGAAGAGGAGGAUGAAGAGCAAGAUGAAGGGCCAGCCGGGCCUCCUGCUGUACCACGCUUCUCGAAGGAUGACCUUGGUCCACAGAGGAAGAAACAGCGCACCAUGAAUGAGCUGCCCAGCGAUGGCACAAGCGGAGAGGAAUAUGAAGACCAUCGCGAUGGCAACUUUGGCAGUGACGAGGUCAACGGUGAUGAUGGACAACGCAAAGCUUUCAAGCCGAAGGUCAAGUCGGGCAAGAUCAAUGGUCCAAACGGACUGAAGCCUGCAAAGCCACGAGCGCUCUCUAUUUCCAAGCAUAAGAAGGCUUCCAUCGGACACAGCAACCCAAAGGUACCCAUGUCGCCGGCAUCCCUGCCUUCUCAAUCUCGGAAGGCAUCCAUCGCGUCCACGAUCAACUUCCAGCACCAGCUUGGCGUGGACGAGGAAGAUCUAUCCUCGAAGCCGCGCUGCCAGCGUUGUCGCAAGAGCAAGAAGGGCUGUGACCGACAGCGCCCUUGUGGUCGUUGCAAGGAUGCCGGCAUCGGUAUCGAUGGCUGCGUCAGUGAAGACGAGGGCAACGGACGCAAGGGUCGUUAUGGUCGACACAUGGGCAUCACUCUCAAGAAGGCUGACGAAGAAGAAUAUGGUGAUGACUCUCCACCACCGCAGGCGCCUCAUGGGAUCCCUGCUGGUGGUCUCUUCCUGGCUCCUGCCCUGCCAGACAAGAACAAGAAGCGCAAGCGAUGA